CUUUCCUUUUCUUAUUUGUUUACUUUUUAACCAAACAAUUAAAUGAUACGGUUGCAGUUCAAAAUCGUUUGCUUAAAUGGCUUUUAAGAAAGCAUCGAUUGUACAAUAAUCGUUAUCAUAUUGGAAUCCAACUCAUUUGUUUACAGUUUGGUUUCGAAUUUUACCUGACUUGGAUGGAUAACCAAAACUCCUGCUUCAGGAUGGCAAAUCAGUUUUUAAAGUCUUUAUGGGAUAUUUUAUUUAUAAAUAUUUCAUACAUGUUUAGACAUGCAGAAGAGUCCUAUCGUAAAAAUUCAACAAUGGCAAGUCUCAUCAACCAAGUUCUAUUCUUUAUGCUGUGUGAUUGCUGGUUUUGCCCUGAAGACCGCCUGACAAGUUUAUAUAGCCUUUUAUUUUAUAACGUCUUGGGCUACCUUUUUGCUUACGCAGACCAACUUUUAAGUUUACAGGAUUACUCACCCGUCAUCCGUGUCUCGGAACACUCAAAUAUUAGACAUUUAGCUAUGACAGCCACCAAAGUUGUGCUUGACCUUGCAAAAGUAGUAACAUUUAUCAUUACAGGGGUCUUUGUUUUACUUGUAUUUGGUCUCGAGCAAGGAUUGGAACAUUUCAACCCUACGUGGACUUAUGUUGUUAUAACACUAUUUUAUUAUGUAAUUACAGAACCCACUUGUCAAAAAAAGGGGACAUCUUUGCUAACUAUGUUGCAAAUAAUCUACUUAGAAAACCUUGAGCAAUUAUGGUAUCCUGUACUAAUAAGAGUAUUUUCAUCAUUUACAUCUCUUUUGAUGAUAAUAAUAGCUUGGUUCUGUACAGGGGGUGGGUGGGUUCUUAUGUUCUCUUCCGGGUACAUUAAUGUGUAUUUAUGCCUCAAGGAUAUGGGUGACCAUUGGAAUAAAUUACUGAUUGAAAAAUCUGUUUUAGAUAAAUACCGUUAUGCCACUAAAGAUGAGCUGAAUGAGAAAGAUGAUGUUUGUGCAGUAUGUUUACUAUCCAUGAAAAGAGCUAGAGUUACCCCCUGCCAACAUAUGUUUCAUGGGGAAUGCUUAAGAAUAUGUUUAAAAACUCAAACGGUUUGUCCAAUGUGCAAACAAAAUUUAUAAUUAAUAGAAAAUUUACAUUAUUUUCUUAUUAGUUUGUUUACACAGCAAAACUUUUGUUGGUACUACUAUAAAUAAAAAAUUGAGUGAAAUUAUGAAUUUUCUAGAUUAGCAUUAUUCUUAGAAAAGUGCCAUAUUUUUUAAUUCUAAUCAGUGCAUCAAGACAUAAAUCAGUAUUACCGGUGGCGUAAUUUUAAUGCAUGUUUGAAGGGGUUAUCGAUUAUCUCCUUUUAGUAUAUAUAUAGUCUAAAUGUUUGAAUUACAAAAAGUGAAUAAUGAAAACUUUUUUAUAUCUACAUCCUACUUAAAAUACAAUAGUUCAUUAAUUAAAUAAUGUUUAAUAUCGGAGGAGGAUUUGACCACCGAACUCUCCCUGAAAUUACGCCACCGAGUAUUACUCUGCUUUGUAUGUUAAGAGCCAUGUAAUCAAAUUUAUAAUAAAGGAUUAAUUGGAACCCAAUCUAAAUCUCAUCCUAAUUUCAGUGGCAAUUUAUUUCGAGAGUAAUUCAGAGUGGAAAUUUUUAACACUUUUGAAAUAAUGGUAAUUUGUAACAAAAAUAAAUAUUUUUAAAGUAAUUUACAAACCUGCCUAAAAUUAUCAAUUUUUCUCAUGUAAAAUAUAUAUAUAUAUAUAUAUAUAUAUAUUGCGCGUUUAACACUCUUUUGAUGAAAAAUGCCUUAUUUAAAACAGAUUUUAUGAAACAUAACUAAAAUGAAUAAGUGCAGAUAGGAAUGGAUUACUUUGAAAUAUAACUAAAAUGAAUUAGUGCAGAUAGGAAUGGAUUCUUUACAAAAAUGCUUGUUUCAGAGUGAAUUUAGCAAUAAUCACUUCACUACAAUUUAAAUAUUUAUUUUUUCUGCAAAACAUGUAUUGGAAUGUUUUUUAAAUGUGGUGCUUGUAAAUAAACUGUUAUAAAGAAAAAUAUAUUUGUUGAUAAAUUGUAAAUAUUCAUCUUGAAAUGAGCUUUUUAGCCUGCUAAAAAUUUUAAUUAUUAUUAUGAUAAUAGUUGUCAAAAGAAGAAAAAACAUUUAAAAUAAAAUGUGUGUAUCAUAUUGUUGCAUUUAUCAUAAUUUGUUUUUGCUUUUAGUUUGAAUUUCAUUAUGCUUUCUAGUCAGUUAUGUUUGAAGAUUGAUAAUGUAUUUUUCAUUGUAUUUUAGCAAAGGAAUUUGUUUAUUAAUAAAUUAUUUUAAAAAUAA